CCUCCGUUGACAACCCAGUCCUGACUGUGCAAUCGAAGCAGCACGUGUAUAUAUAUCGCGCUGGUAACGUCGACAGAUUGCAGUACCACCACUCAUCCAUCUAGCACCCCACCCACCGCCAGCAUGCCCUUCACCGAAGGCGCUCCGGCGCACGGCAACCCCGCACAUCUGCUGCCGCCGUCGUGGAAAAAGACCGUCACCACCUGGCUAGAAGAAGACACGCCGAGCUUCGACUACGGCGGCUUCGUCGUCGGCGACGACCCCGCCGAAGCCCGCCUGCUCGCCAAAAGCCAGGGCAUCGUCGCCGGCGUGCCCUUCUUCAACGAAAUCUUCCGCCAGCUCGACUGCACCGUGCAGUGGCACGUGGCCGAAGGCGACGAGGUGGGCGUGGCGGAGAAGAAACAGCACGUCGCUACCGUUCGGGGGCCCGUCCGCUGUCUCCUCCUCGGCGAAAGAGUGGCAUUGAAUACCCUCGCGCGCUGCUCGGGCAUCGCGACUAAAUCACAUUUCUUGCUGUCCAUGCUGCGCAAAGCGGGAUACAAGAAUACGCUGGCUGGCACGAGGAAGACCACGCCUGGCUUCCGUCUGGUGGAGAAGUACGGCAUGCUUGUUGGCGGCUGUGACCCGCAUCGCCAGGACCUCAGCGCUAUGACGAUGCUGAAGGACAACCACAUCUGGGCUUGUGGCGGCUCCAUCCCCACCGCCGUUGCGGCCGCUAAGGCCUCGGCGGGCUUUGCGGUGAAGGUAGAGGUGGAAUGUCAGACGGAGAAAGAAGCGGACACAGCCAUUCGCGCCGGUGCGGACGUGGUCAUGCUCGACAACUUCACCGGGGACGGAGUAAAAGUGGCGUCGCGGAAUCUGAAGGAGCGCUGGGGACGGCAGAAUUUCCUCAUCGAGGUCUCUGGCGGCCUGACGGAGGAGAAUGUGUCGAGUUAUGUGUGCGAUGACAUCGACAUCAUCAGCUCGUCGAGCAUACACCAGGGCGUGAAGCAUGUUGAUUUCUCGCUCAAGGUCAUCCCCCGGACGAAGGGCAGUAAUGGGAAGCUGGGAGACGGCGAGUCGAAGGCGGUGUAAAGGAGCCGAUGGUUACUUUACUUCUAAUCCAAAUGCAAUUAGCGACCACUCUGAGAUAUACUCGGCGUUUCAAGAGCCAUUGAAAUCUUUCACUCCCU